AUGGCCGCUUUCUUCCCCCGCAACUUCUACAACUCCGAUGCCUCCUUCACUCCUCUCUUCCGCCUUCUCGAGGACUUUGACAACUACUCCCGCCAAGGCAAUGGUACCUCUUCCGGUGGCGCCCGCGGCACCCACCGCAACCACGUCCCGACCUUCCAGCCCAAGUUCGACGUCCGCGAAGUCGAGGACGCCUACGAGCUGCAUGGCGAGCUCCCCGGCCUGAGCAAGGAAGACGUCUCCAUCGAGUUCACCGACCCGCACACCCUGCACAUCCGCGGCCGCGUCGAGAGGUCUUACACCGCCGGCACCCCACCCACCGCGGGCCUCCUCCAGCCCUCUUCCGGAACUGAGAUGAGCGGCGCCAUCACCGACGGUAGCAGCAACGAUACCUCUAGCACCACCACCAGCACUGAGCGCCCUCGCUCGCCUCACCAGGCUACCGUUGAGGAUGAGGAGGACGACGAGACAAACUCCACCGCGCAGCCUACACCCGCCACCACCAAGGAGCCGGUCGACAACGCAAAAUACUGGGUCUCGGAGCGCAGCAUCGGCGAGUUCAGCCGGGUCUUCAACUUCCCCGGCCAGAUCAAGCAGGAUGCCGUCUCAGCUGGCUUCAAGGAUGGUAUCCUUUCGAUCCGGGUGCCCAAGGCUCCCAAGCACGAGACGCGCCGCAUCUUCAUCAACUAA